GGCCCAAAUCUAUUUUCAAAAGCCUGUAUUGCUCUGCUCUCCAUCCUUCUGAAAUUUUCUGUUAUUAAAUUGCGAAAUUCAGCAAGAAGCCAAAAUCUCCCGUUUCUCCCACAAUCGAAAACCAACUCUAUUUCCCGGCAACCGGCGAUGAACAUCUCUCUGUUUCAGUUUUCCCCGAAUUGCCUCCCACAGGUUGGGAAGUUCCGAAACCAUCCUUCCAUCUCCAACAACAGACCCAACACUAAGAUUCCAUGCACCAAAAAGAAGCUCAGCGAUUCAGCCCUGGCUUUAGAUUUGGCAAUCAAUGUGCAAAAGAUUAACACCCAUUUGGAGCAAAAAGAGAAAGCCAUGAAGAAAAGCAAAGAGUUGCUGUUCACAGAGUUGUGCCAGUAUUUGUCAUUGAAAGAAGAGGAAAUGAACAGGAAAUGGAGAAAGAUGAGAGAAGAGGAGAAAUGGAUUUUGAUUAACAAGUUCGUUGAUGAAUGGGGUGUUCAUUUUCAUCCUUUAUCUGCUAGAUCAGUUAAGGAAAUGGUGGAUGAAUAUUUGCAAGAUGAUAACAAGUCUGAUCCACCUAUGUUUCCUGGUUUGAAGAGAAUGCUAGGGAUGUCAAAAGAUGCUUAAUUUGCUUAACAUACUUGUAAUAAGUAAUAAGCUGCUUGUUUAAUUUAGAAUUUCUUCAGUUUUAGUUAAAUGUUUGUUCUUUUUA